AUUGAAGAUGUAGUGGUAAAUUUAAUCCCUCAAGGUCGUCUGAUUGCAUCCUUCCGCUCAGAAAGUUAUCAUACGGUUAGAGACUGGAUAUUGGAUUCAAUCAAGUCUUUUGCCUACUGUCAUCAUGAAACUUUUCCUCCACAAUAUACUAACUUCACGUGUGCUAAAGGCUGUGAAAGUGGGAUAUCCCUUGAAACUCAAAGCUAAAGAAAUAAAAGUGUCUACAGUUGACUAUGAUCCAUCAUCCGUUGCACGCUUGAUUCCGAAAGUUGAGUGGUCUGUUGUAAAAUCAGUAGCAGAUGAAAUUGGUGAAGAUUAUAUUCCCUGUUUGCCGGAAGAAGUUCCUUCUAACUACUCAGAGAACGAGGAAUUCUUGAAAUUAGCUCACAAAGCACUUCUUGAAGUUGACAUAAUGGAGGGUGUAUUGGUUUGUCCAGAAACUGGUCGUGAAUUCACUAUUUCACAUGGGAUUCCAAAUAUGUUGGUUAAUGAGGGUGAAUGAAUUUCUGUAUCCCUUCGUCCUGUAAAUUUUGCCUGUAUAAUAAAUGAUAUUUAAUCUGAUUGUUUUUGUGCGCUUAAUGUUGCAA